AUUUGAAGACAGUAGGCAAGCAAAAGUCGAAUUGUCUUCGUCUGAUCUAUUUGUCUCAGUGUCGCUCAUUCUCUCACAUUUUUAUUUUGGCGAAAAAAUAAACAUUAGAGCGCAUAGAGCAAACCAUCACACAACCUUUUCAGUUUACGUCUAAUUAGUUUUCGUGUAAGAUGAUGUCUAAGUGGCAGAUACGCGACCAUCCAAUUAAUUAAUUAAGUGGGAAAAAUCACAAACAAAUUUUCAUCUCCUGGAUUAAUUUAAUUAUUAUUUCUUUCCCUCAUCAUUCGCGAGACUGUGUUGAUCGUUUCGGGAGAUGCAUAACACGAUGAUGUUGAUGGAAAAGUAAAGAUCAUUUACAGAAAAUAAAAAUCUUAUUGCUUUAUUUUAUCUCAUCUCAUUUGGCGGGACUGGGUGAAGAAGAAAAUACAAGAAAAGAAAGAAAAGUAUAAUAAACGGCAGUCCCACAAAUUUCCAUCCCAGUAAAAAAAAAGUUUUCAACUUUGAAAUUUUCCAUCGUGUGAGAUUUAGUGGUGUGUAGUGUGAGGUGUCGUUAUGUAAUUUUUCAUUUUCACAAUCGGACGGAGAAUAAGGAAAAAAGAAAGAAAGAAAAUAAAUAAAUAAGCGGAAAGAGACAUCAAUGCUGCUAGAUCGGUGUGUGAUCAGUGUGUCUGGAGAAGUGAACGGGAUCAAUUGGCAAGUUUUUUUUUUCUUCCUCAAGAGGAACAUCUCACAUUAUUUGUGAUAUUAAAAAUAAGACGCAAAGAAAAAACAAAAAUAAAGAAAGGAAAGCAGAAAGAAAUAAAUUAAAUUAUUUUCUUAAAAAAUAAAACAAUUGUCGAAUAUCGCGAGUGCAGAAACGGAAAAUAAAAUUAAAAAAAAAUUGUCUUGCGGAGAAAAAUAAUAGUUGGAAAAGUGGAGGAGAGUCGCUCACGGUGUAAUUUUAAAAUUUAAAAUUAGAACCUAAACUUUUCUCGUGGCUUUCGGGUGGCUGGCAAAAGCUAUUCAGCAGCAUAAUAAUAAAAUAAAAAAAAAUCUACCUUCUAGACGACAGUUAACGGAAUAGUGGAAUAUUGAGCAGUUAGUGAUUUUCUAAUAUGGAAACUUUGAGUGCUAAUUGUGAGGAUAUAAGGACUCAAUCAAUUUUCAAUAAUAAUAAUAAUAUCAUCGAUUCAGAACUAUCGAAUAAAAAUUUAAGUUCACAUGAAGGAUCGCCAAUCAUUGACCGUCAAAAUCAAAUGGAUACAUCUGUUGAGUUAAAUGGAUCUAAGAAUGAUGGUCAACAGUUUUGUCUUCGUUGGAACAAUCAUCAGACGUCCUUGCUUAGCACAUUGCCACAGUUACUGGAUCAAUCACAUCUAAGUGAUUGCACAAUUGUAGCAGAUGGAAGAAAAAUCAAAGCACAUCGUUUAGUGCUUAGUGGUUGUAGUACAUUUUUUUCGGAGCUAUUUCACACGUUAGAAUCUGGAAUUCAACAGCAAUUAUGUCAUCCUGUCAUUGUUCUCCCCCCGCACACAAAUUUUGCAUCUCUCGUAGCAUUAAUCACAUUUAUGUAUAAUGGCGAAGUAAAUGUGUAUGAAGAUCAAAUUUCAAAGUUGUUGGAACUUGCUGAAACGUUGGGAAUAAAAGGAUUGACGGAGAUUAACAACGAACAUAUGAAUGGAAUUAAAAAUCGCAAGUCACAGAACGUAGACAAUCAACAAGUUUCUGCGGCCAGAUCACCAAGUGAAAAUGAUUCUGAUAAGCAUCAAUCACGAUCUGAAACACCAAAGACUCAACAAUCAUCUACAUCACCGUUUGAUACCUCUCAAUUAACUCCUAAAAUACUAACACCACCCUCAAAUUUUGAUGCAUUCUUCUCACGACCUCAUCCACAAUUCAAUUUCUAUACACAUCCACUACUGUCACAACCAUUAAAUUUUUCAUCAAAUCGACUUCCAUUUCCAUCAAUGUUACCACAAUCGCCAUUAGUACCUUCAAUUCCAACAUCACAAUCACCACAAUUUAAUAAAAGUUCAAAUAUUCAACAAGAAGCAAGAAACUUUGUUGACGAUCUUUAUAAGAAAGAGAAAAUGCUUCAAGAGAAGCGCAUGAAACCUACAAACUUGAAAAAGAUUGAUCGAAUUGCUGAAAAUUUACGUUUCGCAACGAAUUCUUCAACAUCACCACCAAGCUCUAGUUCACCGAGCUCAACGAAAAGUUUUUUGGAGCAUUUUAAUCAGAUGACUGUCAAAAAAGAAUCAACACCCACUCCAAAUUAUCCUCUUUUACCAAAUGCUCUUGCAGCGCAAUUUCUGAACGAGAAAAAUAUACAAAAACCAACUAUGGAAAAUUUGCUAAAUUAUAAUUCUCCGAAUAAUGAAAACGGCAAUAAAAAGACAUCAACACAAGGAAAUUUAUCAAACAACGCUGGCACAACACCUACAAAAAUUCCCAACUCAAAACUCUUUGCAAAGUGCUUCAUUUGCUCUAAAUUACUCUCAAAUCAAUACAAUUUAAGGGUCCAUCUUGAAACUCAUCAAAAUAUGAGGUAUGCAUGCACGGUAUGCUCUCAUGUUUCACGGUCGAAAGAUGCUUUAAGAAAGCACAUAAGUUAUCGUCAUCCAGGAACACCAUCACCCUGCGAAAGUGAAAAUCGUCGAAAGCGUACAAAACUUGCUAGUCAAAUUCAACAAAUUCAAGCACAGCAAAUGAUAAAAGACCAAAUAGCAGCAAACAAUCUGCUAUUUUCCCAACAAAAUACAUCAAAUUCUGGAAAUCAAUCGACAUCGUCAAAUCUUCCUCUUAAUUUAGACACAAGUAAUGCAAAUGCUGCAAAUCAGUUGGCACUUCUGCAAUCGUUUACAAGUGAAAUGACAAUUCCUUCAUUAUAUCAUCAGCAGUCACAACAACAGGGAUCACCAAUGACAACGCAAUCUUUAAUUAAAAAUGAAAUUAAUAAUAAUGGAGAUGAGCAGAUGACUAGUGGAAAUCAAUAAUGACUAAUUAAUAGAAGCUUUUUCACACGAAAGAGGCUCAAACUUUCAAUUCUUAUACUUAUUUAAUUACUGAUACUUUUUAUUCGUGUAAAUCCUUAAUUUAUAGUACAUCUUUAAAGAUUUAAAGACAUUGGAAAUACCAAAAAAGAAAAAAGAUUGAAAAUCUUACGGAAAAGACAAAUCUUUAUACAACAAUUAUUUUAAAAUUUAAAUAUCAAUAAUUCAUGCUUUUCGAUAAGUUUUUUUUUCUCCUUAAAUCAAAGAUUAUAAUAAGACAUGAAUCUAGAUGCUAAGAGUUUCUUUGUUGUCGUUUUAUGGAAUCAAGGUCAUGUGUGAGUGGAUUAUGCAAAAUUAUCAACAUGAAAUUGAUUCCUCUAAUUUAACUUAAUUCUUAUUUAUCUCUAUACCCUUAGCUGUGAUAGAAAUUAAAUCAAAAACUGAAUAUAAUCAGAGCGUUUGUCCUUAUUAAAGAAUCAUACACACAUGCAUAAUUCUUGUCAUAACUUAAUUAAGAAAAAGAC